AUGAACAUCCUAACAGGCAUGGCCCUCCGCGCGAGCGGCGGCGUAAUCGCAGGCAAGCAAACAGUGACCACUGGCGCGACCUCCUGCUCUUCUAUGCCCCUAGUCCUCCCUCAAGAACGAUGGCACUCGGACGCGCCCUUUGUCCGCGCGUCAUCCAAAGCCAUUCCCCUUCAUCCCGUGGAUAUGGCCCGCGCCAUCGACUGCGUAAACCAAGCACUGGUGACCUCGCCGCAGAUGACGGCAGUCAAGCUCGGCAGCAUAGCCGCCGGACUCCUCGUUCCCGGCCUGGGAACUGUCACUGCGGCGGCGGUCGGUACGGCCGCUCACAUUGGGGGCGCGAGAGAUCGCGUUAAAGCUGUCAAGGACGCACUUGAGAGUGCCAACCUCAUUUUCGCGGUUGCUGGUCUACGCGCUUCGUACGUACCUGAGCGAGGGAGCUCACAAAGAAUUCUGAGUACGGCACAACUACACGAGGUCCUUGGCAUGCCUCCCCCGAAUGCGGAGGAGCUACUGGCGUGCUUGGAUGAGAACUCGUAUCCCGACGAGGAGAAGAGGGACGAGCCGCCUGCGUACGAAGAGGUGGAGGGCAUCACCAAGGACUGGCACGAGGGCAAUGACAACCAGGACAAGAAUAACGAGAAGAGCAGGCCCCUCCCACUCGGCCUGGACCGCCUGCGGCCUUACGCAGACCGCGUGCUCCCAGUCGACGUCUACCUCGGGCCCGCAAAGUAUACCCACGAAGGGCGGACCGACGGACUCAGCACCUUGGCGGCACAUGGCCAGAACGCGAUGAGCAGUUGGAACGAGCGGCGCGGCGCACGGUCCAAGGGUGGGCGGAAACGCACGAAGCUCGUCGACGAGGCUAUUUGGUUGGUCGUUGCGUUCGCUGCGUGA